AUGGUGAGUAAGGAGACAGGAGCGGCCAGUAAAGCGGAAAAAACGAAGCUGGAGGAGAGACAGAGAAAGCUAACGAUAGGAAAUAAGGAAGAAGAGAAGUUAGAGAAGAGAGUAGAGGAGCUAGAAUUAGAAAGAAAGGAAAGAAGAGAGGUAGAUAGCGUGGAAGGUAACAGGGAGGAGGUAAGAAGCACAUAUAGUACAAGAACAAGAUCAAGGGCUAACAGCAUUUGCAGUUUGAGCAGCAGAGGCAGAAUGAGCGAACGCAGCGGUUUAAGCGAGAGCGAAGUAGGAAAAAUUAAGAAGUGGGUGAAGGAAAAAGAUAGGGAAGAAAGAAAAAAUAAUAUUAUAAUGAGAAGAAUAAAAAUACCUAAAGAAGUAGAGAGGGAUGAGAAAGGGCGUAGGGAAUAG